AUGAGACGUCUUAUCAAUAUCCGUUCUCACUUUCUCUUGACUUCACCAUUGAUUCUCUUUUUAUUUCCUUCUUCGUUUGACCUAUUUUUUAAUCCUUUAUUCCUCCUUUUAAUAUCUUCUUUCUUUCUUUCUUUCUUUCUUUCUUUCUUUUAUCGCUCACCAUUUCUUUCGUUUAUACUGUCAUCUCCCUCCUUUUCUUUUUUCAUUUUUUCUUUCCUUUUUUCUCUCGUUUUAUACUGCUAUCUCCAUCCUUUUUCUUUCUUUCUUUCUUUCUUUCUUUCUUUCUUUCUUUCUUUCUUUCUUUCUUUUAUCUCUCACCAUUUCUUUCUUUCGUUUAUACUGUCAUCUCCCUCCUUUUUUUCUUUUCUUUUCUUUUUUCUCUCCCUUUGUUUUAUACGGCUAUCUUCACCCUUUUCUUUCUUUCUUUCAUUCUUUCUUUCUUUCUUUCAUUCUUUCUUUCUUUCUUUCUUUCAUUCUUUCUUUCUUUCUUUCUUUUAUAUUUAUAUAUCCCUCCUGUUCUCUAAGAUAUUUUACAAGUAUGCCACCAUUUACAGCCUUUUCUUCAUUUUACUAUCUGUCUUUAUAUACUGCGCUUUCUUUCUUUCUUUCUUUCUUUCUUUCUUUCUUUCUUUCUUUCUACUGUUGUCUUCUUUUCUUUAUUAUCUUCCUUUUUCUACCACCUUCCUCUUUUCAGUUUCUUCUUUUUUUUUUCGACCCCCUCCCUCCGUCUUCUUGCGUUUUCUUGUUCCUUUCUUAACAACUCCAACAAUCUCUUUUGGAAAUCGAUUUUAA